AUGGAAGAGAUAAAAACAAGUCAAGAAAAUACCCAAAGAAAAUCCAUAGCCAUUAGCAAUCCGUUAUCUUCUUCAGACUUUAGACCAAUUAGCAACUCAACAGCUUAUACAGAUGCAAAUUUAUCUGACUUCUCCUACCUUUAAAUUGGAACAAAUAUAGGUAAAAUGCUUAUUUUUGAGUAAUCACCUUUAAACUGGAAAAAUUAUUUUUACUCCCCCCCACUCCGUGAGUGAACAAAACCAUUGGAAAAAUCCCUAUUUUUUGCCCAAAAGCCCACCCUCCGUGAAUGAACAAAAAUUUUUUUUGAUAGAAAAUAUUUUUUAUGAAAAAAAAAUUUGAUAUAUAAGUGAUAAUUAGUAUAAUGAAGUCUCGAGCUAAUUCUGUUUAAUUUUAAACAAAUUGCGUUUUAAAAAACAUAAAUUUUAUAAAUUAAAUUAAUACUUGCUUCCCAUUUUUUGCAAAUUAGGAUUUUUUUUAAAAUUUCGAAAAAAAAUUUUUUCUAUAAAUUGUUUUAAAAAAACAAAUUAGCCCCCUCAGUGAGUGAACAAAAUUUUUUAUUCACUCACGGAAUGGGGGGGAAUUAGUAGGAAAACUUUAUAAGUAAAAAUUGUAUAAAAUUAGGGUGAUUUAAUUGAAAAGUGCAAGUAAAGUAUUAUUAAAACAGCUUUCACACUGAAUCAAUUAAAUUAUCAAAUUAAUUCUUCAUAAAAAUAAAUCGAGUUCUAAAGUAUUGCAUUAAUUUUUGUAUUUUUCUUUAGAAAUUAACUUCCUUGAAUGGGAAUUUUUGUUCUAAUGUAAAGGGGGAGUGAAGACUAUAUUACUGAAAUUUCUAAUAAAAAUUCCGAAAGCGUUCUUUAUCUUGCUGAGCCAGAGCUAGAUAAUAAAAUAGGAGUUUCUGUUUGCAGCUUCACUACAAAAUCAACUUUGAUGAAAAAGCAAGUGUUUUAUAUAAUUCAAGGCCAUGACUCCUCAGGCGCUUAUGAAGCACAUAGGAAUUAUAAAGACUUUCGUAUAUUAAGAAAAGUUUUAAACCUAUGCAUAAAGAAAGCAUUAAAGAUGGUUAGCCUUGUCUUAUUUGCUAUAUAAAAUUAGGAUAUCAUCUACCAAUAGCCAUGCUCUUAUUUAUAGCAAGCAGGCAUAGUUCACAAUUGGCCUGGAUGCUAUAUUCCUCCAGUCCCUCAUAAGCAAAAUAUUGUAAAACACUACAUAGAGUAAUUUUAGCCCAAGAUCUAUUGAGAAAAUGAUGAAGCUUUACAAUUUAUUCAUCAGUAGAAUCGCUUCUUAUACCUAUCUUUAUGAGUCCGAUGAAUUUCAGCAAUUUAUUAGAAGUCCAGGAGCUUAUCGAAAGUUAUUACUUAGAAAACAACCUUACUUAGAUAUUUCCAAAAAAUUCAAUGAAAUUUUCCGUGAUUACUCAAAUGAAACUCGCAAUGAAGGAAAUGAAAAAAUCUUAAACGAAGGCAAGACUUUUUUUAAAAUUGGCAUUGAGGCUUUAGGGAAAUUUGAAAGUAUAUGCAAAAUAAAUGUUGAUUAUAGCCCAUAAAUCAUAAUAGAUCGCUAUGGCCAAGUAGCAAACCGAACCGAAAAAAUAUGGCCAGGGGCUUGUCUUAUACCGUAUAAGUCUUAUUAGGCUUCUUAAGGCCACAAACGGAGAUUUGCCAUUUUAGUUUGCACUUAUCAAAAAAUUGAUAUGCACAAAUUUAUUUUAAAAUUUAAAUAGGUGGUCAAUAAUGAUCUAUUAAAAUUUAGGAAGUAUAUUUUGAAAGCUUUGAAGCACAACUCACACAGCUCAUGCAUGGAAUCAACCAUUUAAGUAAAAUUUAUGAGGAGCAAUUUUGCAGCGCUAAUCUGGAGAUUUCCUCACGUGAAGUUUAUUCAAAUCCUUUUUUUGUAUUGCUUGAUUGGGUCAGAUGAGAAAUUAUUGAUUUAAAAGCAAUGAUCGAAGCAGUUGAUACAAAAAAAGAAAUUGAUAAAUAUCAAUUAGAGACCGAGAAAAAAUUGGAGGCUGAGAAGACCCACAUUUUAAAGCUGCAGACUGGAAAAAAGCUUUUAUCGCAAAUAUUUUCGACGAAUUCUAGAGAAAAAAACUCGCAGAUUAUUGAAAGCCAUAUAGAUGAAAUGCAAAAAGAAGUUAUUGCGUUAUCAAAAAUCAGCUCAAUUUCAGCAGCAAAGUUAGCAAAUUUAGACUUACCUAAGUUUAAGCAGUUAAAAGCUCAGAAAUAUGAAGUGAUUUUGAGGACAUUUGCUGGAAGCUCUGUAAGUGAAUUUGAAAAUAUGAUAAAUCAAAUCAAAGAAAUUGAGAGUGGGCUAGAUAAUAAAUAA